AUGGAAACAUCAACAUCAACUACAUCCAUUUCGACAGAAGUAUCGAUUUCGAAUUCUAGUAUUAUUAUUAUUGAAAAAGACGUAAUUGGUACGGUUGUUAGUGUCAAUAAAUUAAAACAUUACGCAUUUAUAAAAAGAAUUGAUAAUCAUGAACAACAAGAUGUAUUUGCUCGUGACGUUUCUAUUAUAAAAAAUGAACGUAAACCAAUAUUCUUAAUAUCUGAUCGAUGUAAAUUUGAUAUAAAAAAAACAACUCGAGGUUUCGAAGCUAUUAAUAUCAGUAUCAUACAACGAACUGAUCUUCCCAUUUCCAAAUUUAAAAAAAUACCAAAGAAAAAAAUUCAAGAUCAACAAAAAACGGAAGAAUCUCUUCAACUUUUAAAAUCAUCGAUCAUCGAUUUACUCCGUGAAGCCUUGAAAUAA